AUGUCGACUGAGUUGUGCAAUGAACUUCUGUUACUAGUGCUUCAGUUUUUAGAUGAGGAGAAGUAUAGGGAAACGUUACAUAGGUUGGAAUCUGAAUCUGGAGCGUUUUGUAACGUGGACUAUAUCGCGGAGCUUGUUACUAAUGGAGAUUGGGAUGUGUUGGAGAAUUACUUAGCCGGUUUCAUAAACGUUAAUGGCAGUCGCCAUUCCGUCAAAAUGUUAUUUGAAAUUCGUAAACAAAGAUACAUAGAGGCAUUGAAUGCGAAAGAUCGACCCAUGGCUUUGGAGAUCCUCAAAAAGGACCUUAAACCUUUUAAAUCUAUGAAUGAAGAUGUUUACAAACAAAUGACAAGUCUUAUCGCCCUUAAUGAUAUCAGGGAGAACCCACAGCUUAGCGAGUACACUGAUGACAAAAAUGCAAGGGGUAUAUUGGUUGAUGAUCUCAAGAAACUGAUUCAAUCGAACCCAGAAUUGCGCGAUAAGAUCCAGUUUCCUUCUGUGAAAGCCUCGAGGCUGCGGGUUUUAGUCAACCAGAGCCUAAACUGGCAGCACAAUCUAUGCAGGACCCCGAGGCCCGAUCCAGAGAUCACAACAAUCUUGGAGGACCAUGUUUGUGCGCCUCCACCACAAGCCGCUCAGGCUCCAGCCCCGGUGGUUAACAAUCAGUUAACGGCUUCCAUGUUUAGAGCAGGCUUUUUGCAUCAGCCAUCAUUAAUGCCACCACCCGAAGCAGUUUUUCUUGGUGCAUCCCGUGGUCAACAGUCGCUCAACCCACCCGCUUUGGUUCAACAUCCUAACAUGUCAGGGGUUCUUGUUCGCAAUAAUCAAAAUAAUGCAGAUACUGAGAUUGUCUUAAGGAGAUCAAUGCAUUUUGGGAUGUCAGAGGAGAUUAGAAAUGUUCCCACAUCAUCGGUUGCGCGCACUACUCAGAGCCAUCACAUGUUUAACUUUCUUCCAACUGAUGACGUGCCCAAAGAAGUUGUUUCGGUUAUUAAUCAGGGUUCAGAAGUGAAAACCAUGGAUUUUCAUCCUCAACACCGAACUCUACUAGCAGUUGGCACAAACACUGGUGAUGUUUCAAUAUGGGAGAUUGGUAACCGGAUGCGGAUUGAACAUAAAAAUUUCUGUGUAUGGAAUAUUACUGCAUAUUCCAUGGCUAUUCAGGCUACUUUCAAUGAUGGAUAUCCUGUGGUGGUCAAUUGUCUUAGGUGGAGUCCUGAUGGCUUAUUUUUGGGUGUUGCGUACUCGAAGCAUAUUGUACAUGUAUAUUUGUAUCGUGCUGGUCAUGAACUAAAAAGGCACCUAGAGAUUGAAGCUCAUGCCGGCCAUGUUAGUGAUCUUGCCUUUACCAUUAGACACAAGAAAUUAAUCUUCAUAACUUGUGGAGAAGACAAAACUGUUAAGCUUUGGGAUGCUACGACGGGUGCAAAUUUUUUCGUCUUCGAAGGUCAUGACGCACCUGUGACUUCUAUAUGCCCACAUACGAAAGAUAACGUUCAGUACAUCUUUUCAACUGCUACUGACGGGAAGAUCAAGGCAUGGUUACAUGCUGAUCGGGUUUCAAAGAUUGACUACGAAACCCCUGGUUAUGUAUGGACACAAAUGGCAUACAGUAGCGAUGGGUCACGGUUUUUCUCAUGCGGUUCAAGAGAAGACAGGGUUUCGUUCCUUGUAGAAUGGGCCGAAAGUCAAGGUACAGUCAAACGACAAUAUAUCGGUCUUGGGAAACAACAUGUAGGUGUUAUGCAAUUCGAUACAGCCAACAGAUUUUUGGCAGCUGGAGACGAGUCUCUAGUUAAGUUUUGGGACAUGGAUAACAAAUUCAUUCUGCACACCACGGAUGCAGACGGUGGAUUACCGGCCUCACCUUGUGUUCGCUUCAGUAAAGACGGCAUACUAUUGGCUGUAACAACUAUUGAUAACGGCGUAAAAAUACUUGCGAAUCCAGAAGGUCAACGGUUGGUGAAAUCUUCUGAGAAUCAUCCAGAAGCACUUAGACUUGCUUCUGCAAGUGCUGCUAAGGCCUCUAACGUUAACGCUGCUUCUACCUCAUCAGCAGGAACACUUACAAACAUCGGUUUUCCUGAUAGAAGUGUACCGUUUCCAGUUAUGUCUACUAAUCAGGAUAACCAGAAUAUGUCAGAUGUCAGAGGUAAAAUAACAGACGAGUUUGAAUUCCCGAUUUUGUGGAGGCCGAAAGAAAUCUCUGAACCAUCACAACUUCGUUCGUUGAGACUUCCUGAUAGUCUUUUACCGGUUAAGGUUAUAAGGCUUAUGUAUACACACUCGGGUAGUGGCGUACUUGCACUUGCUUAUAAUGCUAUACACAAGCUUUGGAGAUGGCACAAGAGUGAACAAAAUCCAACUCCAAAUGCAACUGCUGAUAUUGCGCCACAAAUUUGGCAACCUCCAAGUGGCAUUUUGAUGACUAAUGAUAUAAAGGAUGCGAACACAGAUGAUACUAUUCCUAGCUUCGCGCUGUCUAAGAACAAUUCAUAUGUUCUAUCAGCAUCGGGAGGGAAAAUCUCACUCUUCAACUUGCCAAGUUUUAAGACCAUGACGUCCUUCAAGGCCCCACCGCCGGCGUCCACAUGUCUGGCUUUUUAUCCACCGGACAAUAACCUAGUCGCGAUUGGAAUGUCGGAUUGUUCUAUACUUAUGUACAAUGUUCAAUCUAAUUCGGUGGUACAAACGCUAAAGGGUCAUCAAAAGCCUGUCACAGGGCUCGCUUUCGCUAUUGAGAGAAAAAUGUUAGUCUCAGCAGGAACUGACGCCGAGUUGUGCGUGUGGAGUACUGCCAGUUGGAAAAAAGUCGCAAGCAAGUUCCUAAAGCCUCCUUCUAAAAGAACCAACAACUCACAAGCAGAAACCCGAGUGCAUUUCAACCCGGACAAAACACACUUCAUGGCUGUUCACGAGACACAGAUAGCCGUUUACGAUCCAGCUAAACUGGAUUCUUGUAUGCAGUGGGUCCCUCGGCAAGCAAGUGGUUCUAUAGCAGAUGCAGUUUAUUCAUGUGAUGGUCAAUCUAUAUUUGUGUGUGUUGAGGAUGGAAGUGUGAGUAUCCUUGAAGCAAACCCCCUCAAGCUCAAGUGUCGGAUCAAUUGUGCAGCCUAUAUGCCAUCGAAACGCAGUGCAAUAAGGGUGAGUCCUAAAGCAAUUGCUGCACAUCCUUCUGAUCCAAAUCAACUUGCAAUUGGGCUUUCGGAUGGUGGAGUUUAUGUUCUCGAGCCACUUAAAGCAGACAAACAGUGGGGCGGUGACCCAUUGGCUGAAUCCAGUGCAAGUCCUAGCAUCAACCCUGAUCCGAACCAUACUUAGGCGGCUUAGCUGGAAGCAUGCGUGUGGCUGUUUGUGAUGCAUGGUUAAUGUUCAGUUUGGUCUGGUUUUAUCACCUGAAGUUUCUAGUUUGCUUGAUGUUUUUUUUACAAUAAGACUUUGUCAUGCAUUUCUGUUUUUCAGGUUUUCUAUCAGUUGUAACUGGAUUACCUAUUUUAGGUAUCUAUGGUUUUAAU